GAACCAUUUCAGUCUACAUUCCUCCUUCCCCUCCCCCAACCAGCCAAGAUGUUCUUCUUUGGUCUUGGGAAGCUCGUCUACGUCAUCAUCCUCCUCAUCAACUCCCUCGCUGUCCUCUCCGAAGACCGCUUUCUAGCCAGAAUCGGAUGGGGCCGCACACAAAAUGACCCAGCCUUCGGCGCAACCUACGAUACUACCAGCGUCAAAGCGAAGACUAUUAAUCUGAUUGCGAGUGUAAGGACUGUUAUGCGAAUACCGCUUAUUGUGAUCAAUACGAUAAUUAUCGUGUACGAGCUUAUUCUGGGUUAAAUUGGGAUGAAGCUGAGCCGGAGAUAAUAUGAAGGAAUGGGGAGUUGUGUUAUAAAUGCAUACAUACAUGAUUACUACUGCUGCUGGGAUUCUUGCUCCGGUCUGGGGGGCUUAGAGAGGGUGUGUUUGUAUUCCAACUUUUUCUUCUUUCUCUUGUUCUGUUCAUUGUACGAUUGAAAAUGGAUUGAAUGUGUUGGACAGAAUACGGAUCGACGCUUGCUUUCCUGCUGUAGUCAUAUGGGGAUGUGCGAGUGCUUAGCUCCUAGUGCUAAGGAUGAGACGCAUGUGUAUGUCUGCCCCGUACCUCAAGUCCGAGGUAGCUACUAGGUGG